AUGAGGACGCCCUUUAUCGUGCUAAUAGCACUCUGCGCUGCUUGCCUAACGACAGCAGCUCCCGCCGCACAACCAUGGGCGGAUUACGUGCCUGGUCAGACGCCGUUAUAUAACAGUUACACCGGCAAAGCCGCUCCGUUUCCCGGUGGUCUUACAGGCGCCAUCCUCCCAACCUCAAGCGGCGCACCAGCAGCCGAUGAUCUAUUGUUCCAGAACCUCCUUGCAGCCGAGUGGAUCGUCUUCUCCCUCUACCAGCAAGGCGUCGAAGCGUUCAACGUCAGCAGCUUCACUUCCUUAGGCUACCCAAACACUACCUACGAUCGCAUCACUGAGAUCCGAGACAACGAGGCUGGGCACUUGAACAUCUUUUAUGAUGAGAUUAGCAAUGCCUCGAUCAAACCAGGACCCUGCAAGUACGACUUCUACUUCACCGGCCCUGAAGAAUGGCUUGCCGUUCAGGUCCUGGUAGAGUUGACUAGCAUGGCCUUCCUUACCGGCUUCGUUCAAGAAGCGCAGACAAACUCCACUCGAGCAGCCCUUCUCGCCAUCGCUCAGACAGAAUCGCGGCACAACACCUGGGCGCUCAUUGACAUCUGGAACACCGAUCCAUUCGCCGGUCCAGCUGACACCAUUUCCCCUUACGCAAACCAAGUCCUGAAGCUCGCGGGCGGUUUCGUCGUCAAUGGGAGCUGUCCAACAGAGAACCCUCCGUUCCCAGACCCAGGCCAGCAUCUCCCGUCCAUGAGCUUCAAUGGCACCGGCGCCGUCGGUACCGAGAUUGACAUCAUCUUCCCCACCUCUCAGCCUACUUUCAAGAACGGCACGGACUACUACAUGGUGUACUUCCACGGUCUCCUCAAUGUCAGCUUGCCGUACGAUCCGGUGAUGCACACCUCAAUAGUACCCAACUUCGAUGCGGGAAAGGGGCUUGUUGUUGCAGUCAUUGCAGACGCGGAGGGAGCCCCGACCAUGGAGAGUGUCGUCGCGGGCCCACUCAUGUUGAUCGAGCAGCCGGCGGUACUCACGCAGAGCCUGGCACCAUUUGAGUGA